GAAAAAAUAAAUUUAAUAAAAAUUAUAAAUUAUAGUUCUUUCUUAAAUAAAAUUUUAAGAAAGAGUGUUCAUAACGGCUCAACUCCCUGCACGCAUGCAUGAUCAUCCCCUUCGCGGCUAUUUUCCUUCAUGUUUUGUAUAUAAACCCAUUGCAUACAAAUAAAAUCCAAGAGAGCCUGUUUUCCUUUCUCAGAAACACCCCCUCUCCGUCAUCAACAAGCUCCUUUGAGAGAAGAAGAAUGAGAAAUACACAAAAUCCUGAAGUAUUUUUGGACAUAUCCAUUGGCGGGAAUCUUGCAGAAAGAAUUGAAAUAGAGCUUCUUGCAGAUCAGGCCCCUAAGACUGCACAGAACUUUCUAGCGCUUUGCGCAGGUGACAUGGGACUGGGAAAGCAUACGGGAAAGCCUAUGUACCUCAAAGGGUCAACUUUUUAUAAUAUAGUGAGGGGAAAAUGGGCUGAGGGUGGAGAUUUCUCUGAGGAAAAUGGAACUGGUGGAGAGAACAUAUAUGGAAUACCAUUUUUUGAUGAGGGCGAGAGACUUAAACAUGAUGCACCUUAUCUUCUCACAACGGCAAGUGAUUAUCAUAAAUAUACAAUCGGAUCCUGUUUCUUUAUCACCUUCAAUGAGCUACAUGAACUCGAUGGGAAACAUGUUGUGUUUGGAAGAGUUGUGAGAGGCUAUGAAACUGUGCAGAAAAUUGAACAGGUCCAAACAUUUCCUGAUGGAAGGCCCGAACAUCUUGUCAUCAUUACAGCAUGUGGAGUAUCUCCUAAAACUAGAAGUCUUAAUUCAAUCUUGAUAAGGAAAGAUUCCAGUUUGCCUUCUGAAGGAAGACAUUCGAGAAAAAGAAAGUCAAAAAGACAGAGAGUUGUUGAGCACCACUCUGAAUCCAGGCCUAGUCCAAUCCAGAGAAGUGAUUCCAAGCAGUCACCUCGGAGGCGUAACCGGAGCAAUUCAAGAGACAGAACAGGCCAUCAAUGGCGUAUUCGAAGUGAGAUAAGUGAUGCAAGGAACCGAUACACGAGCAAGAGUGGCCGAAGCAGGAAAAACUUGCAAAAAGCACCUGGUUCACAUGCACAUAACCGUGGUCACAGCAAGCAACAAAAUCACCGUCCAGAUCCUGAAACAGAGUUUCCUAGCUUGAGUAAGAGUAUGCAAAUGCGACUCCGUCUCCCUGGAGAUGAUGCACAGCCUUAAGAUCGGAGUUCUAACUAAUUGAAUGAGCUAUUACCACAUUUGAGCCUAUGUUAGAACCAAACCCACCCCCUAUUUGGGCUACUUUUUGGAACUAAAAUGGAACUUUUUGGCAAAGGAAUUACAAGACUUUGGGUCUGAACAAUCCAUUACAAAACGCAGCAAAUGAAUUCCUGCUCUCGAGGAUAAAUCAAGAAAUGAUAUCUUCUUGAUACGUACUUUCUUGUUUCUUGACAGCACAUUCUUUCUUGAUACGUACUUUCCUGUUUCUUGACA